AUGCGUAAGCGUAAGCAUGGAGACGAAUUUUCAGACGCUUUUAACGAAUUUGCCAAGGAGAUGAUGGGCACUCUUAACAUUUGGAAAACUGAAUUAGAGGAAAAAUUUACUGAAGUCAAUGAGAACGUUUCUAACGUCAUUCAGAAAGAUCUCGCCAAGUUAACUGAAACAACGAUGUCAUUAAAAGAAGAGCUAAAUAGUGUACGCAAGGAAUACUGCGAAAUGAAAUCUUCCAUACAAAAAAUAAGCUCAAGACAAUGCGAAAUGUCUGAAGAAAUUAUUUCGUUGCAAAACUCCGCUCAGUUUAGCAGUGACCAGCUUGAUGAUAUCAAUGGCAAGAUAGAAAGCCUUACGCAAGAAGCGAAGAAAGCGAAUCUCUUGGAGACGGAAGUCAAAGAUCUAAAAUACCAAAAUAAGGCACUGAAACUAGAAAUGAACGACAACAAUCAAAGGGACCGCAUCCUUAACCUUGAGAUAAUAGGCAUCCCUGAACAAUCAAAUGAAAACCUAAUGAACAUUAUAUGUGCUUUGCUUAAAAAAGUUGAUGACAAUAUCACUCCAGACGAAAUUGAGCGAGCUCAUAGAGUUACACCAAAAAAUAAAGUUCAGGGACGUCCACGAGUGGUAAUCGCCAAACUUAGAUCUCGAAUGCUGAAGGAUACUAUCAUCUCUAAAUCCCACUACUGUGGAGGUUCGAUAUUAGACGUUAUCAACUUGACCAUAGGGACAUAG